AUGAAUACACGUAAAUCAUCAUUAUUAUCAACUGCUGCUAAUGCAGCAGAUGUUGUUAUCAAAUUGGAUGAUCCUACAACACCUCCGACUACAACAUCACCAACAUUAUCAACUUCAUCAACAUCAUCAACGCAAGGUGAUGACACCAGCACACCUAUACUAUUGAGUAUAGGUAAAAGAGCAAUAAAGUCAAAGUUCAAGCAGGAGCCAGAGGAGGAGAGGACACCACCUGUAAACAUAAAGAAGGAGAGAAAGGCAAAGAAGGAGAAGAUCGACAAGAAGAUGGUCAUUGAUGAAGUUCCAUCAUCAUCAUCAUUGGCAGCAGAGGACGAAGUUCUUGAUGAUGUAUCAUCGUCAACAACAACAAACGGCAACAACAACAAUGAGGAUGAUCCAUUCGAUAUGACAGAGAUGGAGGAGGCUGUAUAUUGUAUAUGUAGAAAGGGAGAAGGAGACAAGUUCAUGCUGGCAUGCGACGAGUGUAAUGAAUGGUAUCAUGGAGAGUGUGUUGGCGUCUCAGAGGCUGACGCUGCGGCCAUCAAGUACUAUGCAUGUGCAAAGUGUAAAGAAAAGACAACCCAAGAGGAACGCAAUCAUGAUGGUACACUCAAGAGACUGAAGAAGAAGAGCAAGAAGCGUGCAUUGUCAGACUCGUCCGACCCAUUGAUGGAUGAUAUCUUCAGUCCAGACAACAGCAACAACAACAUUGAUGAUCAAGCAAUGUCAAUCACACCACCACUGACAUCAACUUCAACAACAUCGUCAACAUCAACAAAAAUCUCUCCGGCCAAGGUUAAGAGGGAGAACUCUCUUCCUCCUUUGUCUGCACCGGUGUCUGAUGGCAUCAUCUCAUCAUCUGGUGUUAGUCUUUGCUUCGAUGUGGACAAUGAUCAAGUUGUUGAUACCAAGACAGCACUUUUGGAGCGAAUCAAGAGGAAGAAGGAUGAACUAAGCUCAUCACAGAGUACUGUCAAGUUGGAAUCAUCAUCGUCUCAAUCAAGCUUCAGCAGUGGCAGUAGUAGCAGCAGCAUCAACAACAACAGCAACAAUAGCAAUGGCCAUGGCUCAAGCUCAGAACCAAACGCAACAUCGAUGCAGGAGUGGACCGAUCGGUUCCAGGAACAGUUCCCAACGUUGAAGCUUUGGAAGGUCAGCUCACUGUGGGUCGAGUCAAAGGGCAACACAGAGAAGGCUGUUGAGUUGGCCAAAGCAUAUCUCGAGCAACAAAAGACGACGCCCAAGGUCAAGACACAGCCGGGCCUCACACAGUCACAACCAUCUGCACCUGUCAGCACCGGUGCAUCAGCUUUGUUUGAGCCCGAUCCCGUCGAUGACGAAGAGAAGACUUGGUUCACACAAUUGGGCCAGGUACCAGUACAUCCCAAGUCAGAGGAAGAUGCCAACAAUAACAACAACAAUAACAACAAUAACAACAGCAUCCUUGAGGUCAACGUGGUCAAACAACAAUGGGCAAAGCAGAUCAGGAUAAUCGAGAAUCAAUCCAUCAUGCUCGUAACCAACAUGGUGGCCGACAACACACCUAUCUACUUCACCAAGUCCAACAUCAUGGACAACCAUCCACCACAGUCGAUCUUGGCCCAUGUGCAAGCCACACACCAGUUUAUCGGCUAUCUCCGUCUGGGCACAGGCGCCACAGGCCAAGACCUCAACGCAAUGGUGUUCCCACUGCUGCGCACUGGCUUUGUGAGGAUGGUUGGCACGCUCAGACUGGUCAGCUACCAGUCGAAUCAGUUGGCCGCUGUGUCACACGUCACGCUCUUCCUCACCUACAAGAGUCAUCUGACGGCCAACGACAAGACACUGCCCACCGGCAUGGACCUGGACCUGCCUCUCCAGGGCAUCAACCCAUUGAAUAAGUUCCUCACCGAGCUCGGUCUCAUCAGCGCCAUGCUCAGCGACAACCCACAGAUGCUGCUCGCACCCGACAACCUGGAUGGCCAACUCGACUUUAUCAGCACCAACCUGCAGAAGCUUGAGCCGCCACCCCUUGUAAAAGUCACACUCAGAUCACAUCAGCUCGAAGGACAUUGGUGGAUGAUGAAUCGUGAGAGGAACCCAGAGACAUCAUUCAACACAACCUUGAACUCAUACUGGAGAAGAUUCAUAUUCAACGAUGGUACACCAUUCUAUUACAACUUAUACUCUGAUAAGAUAAGUCUUUAUGCUCCAAUGACAGAGACUAGUAUAUCUGGUGGAUGUUUGUUUGAUGAUAUGGGUCUUGGAAAGACUAUUAUGAGUAUAUGUACUAUAAUGGGCAAUCAUCCAAAGUAUAGUCCUCAUCCACAACACGCAGAGAUAUUGAGAGGCCUCAGGAAACACAAUUCCUACUUCCGCAACAAGCCUCUCCCCAAGACCACACUGAUCAUCUGUCCCAACUCGUUGAUCAUCAACUGGAGGAAAGAGCUGACCAAGUUUGUCAACAAGGAUGUCGGUCUUCGUAUCCUCGAGUACUGUGGUCCAGGCAGACACAAGAACUUGAGAGACUUUGAGAACCACGAUAUAGUCCUUACCACGCCAAAUACAUUUGCUUUAGAGUUCAAGUCAUAUCAGAGUGAGUCAAGACGAGCACCUUUGAACAGUGUGUAUUGGUGGCGUGUGAUUGUGGACGAAGCGCAGUAUAACAAGCCAAAGACAUUGUUCUUCAAGGCAUUGUCAGAGAUGCGCUCGGUCAAUCGUUGGUUGCUCACUGGAACACCCGUCCAGAACUACCUGGAAGAGAUGUAUCCCCAUCUGCAUUUCCUGCAGGUGCACCCCGUCGCCACAGACAUUGGCAGUUGGCGCUCCUAUAUCGAGCGCACCAAGAACAUCCCAUUGCUGCGAUCCACUUUAAAGCCAAUCCUUCUGAGACGAACCAAGAUGACCGUGGGCAUGAUCGAUCUGCCGCCCAAGACAGUCGAGAUUGUCAGGCUCCAGUUUGACGUAGAGGAGUCAGAGUACUACAACGCAAUAUUUGAGGAAGCUGCCAAGUUCAUCGACGCCCUGUAUCGCCAAGGGGGUAUCCUCAAGAACUAUGCCAGUGUCUUGGCAAAGAUCUUGAGACUAAGACAGAUUUGCGAUCACAGGAUGUUGGUAAUCCAAAAGAGAGGAUCAGAUGACGUUGCCGAAGAAUGCCAGAUAUGUGACGAUUCACCUCAAUACCCAGUGAUGAACAUUUGUAAGCAUUGGUUCUGUUUGGAUUGUAUCUUGGACCGUAUCAAGACGGAGCAGGAGGGAGGCAACGAUUCUCCCAAGUGCCCAGAGUGUAAGUUGAGCAUUAGUCUGAAUCAAGAAGAGCUCCGCGAUACAAUCGCCAAGAAGAAGGCCGAUGACGAAGCGCUCGAGGCAGAGGCAAGGGCUGCUUCAGCCGCAUCACUCGCAGACAAGUUGAAGCGUGACCCUGAUGGCAACUUUGCUGCGAUCCAACCCACUGGCCUCAGGCCACAGACCAGCUUCAGUCUUCUCCAACGCGCACAAGACCUUUGCAACUCCAGCUUCACAUCGACCAAGGUGAAGGCAUUGCUCCAGCAGAUGAAUAUCAUCUUUGAUCAAGAGAAGGGAUGUAAGAUUGUUAUCUUCUCACAAUGGACAACGAUGUUGGAUCGUAUUGAAGAUGUAUUCCAUGAGAAUGGAUGGAAGCGAGAGGAGAGAUAUGAGCGAUUCGAUGGAACAAUGUCACAGAUCAGGAAGAAUGAAGCUGUGGAGCGAUUCCAGGAGGAAGGUGGUCCCGUCGUCAUGCUCAUCUCUCUCAAGGCCGGUGGAGUUGGUCUCAACCUAACAAGAGCGAGCAAGGUGUUCAUGGUUGACCCAUGGUGGAACGUGGCCAUGGAGAACCAGGCUAUAGAUAGACUGCAUCGUAUUGGACAGACUAGGCCUGUCGUUGUCAAGAAGUUUAUCAUUGAGAGAUCGAUCGAGGAACGUAUACUUGAGCUGCAGCAGUCAAAGGAGGACAUGACACAGGCUAUCCUGGACGAGAAGUACGACCCGACCAAGAAGAUCAGGAAGGUCAGUCUAUCACUCGAGGACAUCAGACUGCUGUUCACAGGCUUCGAAGGACAGUACAAGAGUUUGGUGGGACAACGUACUGCCGCGUAUGUCGCUCAGCAGUUGGCUGAGAUGUAA